ACGUUUUGAAGGAUGAAGCAUGUGAAGAUCGCAUAUUUGCCACUGCUUUUUGCUUUCGUGCACGUCUGCUUGGCACAAGCAGACUUUGCCCCGUAUUUCUUUGACAAUGGACCAUACAGCAGCCACGGCAACAUGGCGCUGUUCAGCCUGUCAGAGGACACGCCUGUCGGUACACAAAUUUACUGCCUUAAUGGCACCGACCCAGAGGGCCAGGAGGUGAGCUACGGCCUUUCCUUCGAUCCAGGUUCCAAGGAGUACUUCAGGGUUGAUCCCAAAACAGGAAAUGUUACCUUAGUGCAGAAGCUAGAUCGAGAGAGACAGGAUUCCUUCGAUGUAAUGGUCAGCAUCACCGAUGGGAGAAGCAAGGUUGUGGAAAGAGUGACCAUUUUUGUGAUGGACGCAAAUGACGAGAAACCUGAAUUUCAAAAUAUGCCUGCCAUCACUGAUGUCCUUGAGACCACAGAGUCCGGACAGAGCAUCUUCAAAGCCCAGGCAGUGGAUAAAGACACAGGGUCAGGAGGAUCAAUCACCUACUACCUCAUGAAUCCACAGUCCAGUUUGUUUGCCAUCGACAGACAUAGUGGAGUCAUUCGAAUCAAGCUGGAGGAAACGCUGGAUUAUGAGAAAACAAAGACACAUUUUGUCGUUGUCAUUGCAAAGGAUGGUGGUGGCACUUUCAACGGCAAAGAGCAGUUUUUGUCAUCCUCCGCUACUCUGACAAUUAACGUGAUAGAUGCACAGGAUACGCCGCCAAUUUUCAUCGGGACGCCUUACUUUGGUUAUGUUUAUGAAGUCUCACUGCCUGGGUCUGAAAUAUUCACUGUUGUUGCUAAAGACGGCGAUGUAGGAAAUCCAAAUCCUAUACGUUAUUGUUUUGUUGAAGGCGAUGAUGGAGUUUUUCGCAUCAACGAGACUACUGGACGCAUCACCCUGAUGACAAGUCCCAUGUUUUUAAAGAGAGAAAUCUUUAACAUUAAAGUCAAAGCAACUGAAACGAGCCCCAAGAGUCGUCUGCUGGACUACAGCGAGACCACGGUGGUGAUCCGGGUGGUGGACCUCAACAACAACCCGCCAACUUUCUACGGUGAAAAUGGCACCCAAAGCACAUUUGAGCUGACCAUCUAUGAGCAUCCUCCAGAAGGGGAGAUCCUGCGUGGCCUUAAAAUCACCGUCAACGACUCGGAUCAGGGAGCCAAUGCAAAAUUCAACCUGAGGCUUAUCGGACCUGGAAGAAUGUUGCGGGUGGUCCCACAAACGGUACUGAACGAGGCCCAAGUGACAAUUCUGGUGGAGGACUCAGCAGCCAUGGAUUAUGAGAAAAAUCACUUCCUCACAUACAAGCUACUCGCUGUUGAGAUUGAUACACCAGAGAGGUUCAGCUCCACAGCCGACAUAAUCAUCCAUCUUUUAGAUACCAAUGACAACGCGCCUAAGUUCUCCUCAGACUACUACAUCGCCCGAAUUCCUGAGAACUCACCUGGGGGCUCCAAUGUCGUGUCCGUUCUGGCAAUCGACCCAGACUCAGGACCAUGGGGCGAUGUGACUUACUCUAUCUAUGGAUCUGGGGCUGACUUAUUCUUGAUCCAAUCUACCACUGGAAUCAUCUACACACAGCCAUGGGCCAGCCUGGAUGCGGAGGUGCGGUCUAAGUACAAUUUUUACGUCAAGGCAGAGGACGCGGAGGGCAAGUACAGUCUGGCCGAGGUGUUCGUCACUGUCCUGGACCUGAAUGACCAUCCGCCUGCCUUCAAUGAAAAUUUCCUGGAGAAGACCAUGGUGAUCGGUGCACCAGUAAAAAUUGAGGCUGUUGAUGACGAUGCGGAGGUACCCAACAAUGUCAUCGAGUACGCCAUCAUGAAAGCUGACCCUGACAACAACAUCUUCGACAUUGACGCUGACACUGGCGAAAUUAACCUCAAGUCAUACAUCAAGUCCAUGGCCAUCAUUAGGAACAUCACCAAUCAGAGGGACUUCACCUGGUCGCUGGUGGUGCAAGCGCGUGACCUCGGACACCCAUCGUUCAGCACUACCGCUGUGGUCAAGAUCGACAUAACCGAAGCAACCCAACUCAAAGGGGGGCCUUUGGGAUCAUUAUUAAUGAACAAUAAAAACAAAUCCAUGCAAAUCGUAGGCGUGCUUGCAGGCGUUAUUAGCUUAAUGGUCUCGGUCACAGUCAUCAUCUCCACAAUCACCUUCGUACGCAACAAAAAGUCCAACCGGGUCGUGCCCAACCGUCGCGUGAGGAGGAGGCCCCGCAACGACAACGCAUGGACCUUCAAGAGCCCCUUCAGGAGAGCAGGGAACCCCGAGGACAGGUUCCAGGAGGAGGAGCAGGAACCGGACACCCAGGAGAUGGCGGAAAACGUCAACUACAACAACAACGUGGGCAACGCGGUCAGGCACUGGCCCCCGCCGCCGCCACCCCCUUGCGCCCCCUCUCUCCCGCCUCCGCCGCCACCCUACGUCCCCGGUGAGAGGAAGUGGGUAGUGCCCACCGUCUCGGCCACCGUGGCGGCGCGCCCCAAGAAGAAGUCGACGACGCACGACACAGUCAACAAGGCACUCGUGUCAGAACUCAAAAUGAGACUGGAGCAGAAGAGGAUGAUCAAUAACUUAUAG